CAUUUUUUUUUAAUUUGAGUGGGAAACUUCACAAAUGUAAAACGGGUUUCGAUGAGUUGUUGAGAUAUCAAGUUCUGUGGACUUUCAUUUCGCCCUCGGCUUGCCAUCCGCUCAGAUUAUGGGGAAUGUACUGACGGCUAUGAAGGAAACGAAGGCUCUCAUUUGCUGGGAUGCAAUCGUCCUUGAGUAGCCGCAGUAACAUAUCAAUGGCUUGUUUGAGGCGGCAAGGCGAGGGAGCGUAAUUGCUUGUAGAAAUGAGAGCUUGACUACUGUGAAGGAGUGACGGUCACAGCCGAGAAGAUAGUUUGAUUUUAUCAAUUUAGUUUAUAAUGCGAAUUGCCGCCGUUAGGAGUACCAAAGCUGACGUUUCGAGCGUUAUUCGCUCUGACGCUUCAAAGUUCCUUUAAAAAACUCACAGUCGAGAAGAGCCUGGUUACUAGUUCAAGUUCAAUUUGUCUCCAGUUUCCCUUCGCAUUCUCUCGGUGAAGAUGGCGGUAAGAUUGUUUCCAAAACUUGUUCUCUUCGGGGAUUCCUUAACUCAGCAAUCUUUUAGUGAGGGAGGCUGGGGAGCAACACUGGCAGAUUAUUAUCAAAGGAAAUGUGAUGUUCUUAAUCGAGGAUUCAGUGGUUACACAUCAGCAUAUAACAAGUUCAUUCUGCCCAAAGUCCUUCAGAGUGACAAUAAUCCCAAGGGUAGUGCUGUGGCGGCAAUUGUGCUACUUGGUUCAAAUGAUGCUGUCUGCAAUGAGACAGACCCACGGGGACUUACUGUAGAACAGUAUGCUACAAACUUAAUGGACAUCUUGACACAAUUCAUGAAUGAUGGCAUGGAAGCAAGUCAACUAGUUUUAUUGACACCACCAGCAGUAGCAGAUGAUAAGUACAAGGAAUGUUGUGCAGAACGUGAUGUACCAGUAAGCCUUUGGGAUGCCCGGGUAAAACCUUUUGCUGAAAAAUGCGUUGAUGUGGGAAAAAAGCUUGGAGUGGAGGUUGUCGAUCUUUACAAGUUAUUCCAUGAACAGCCAAACUGGGAGUCUUUUGUAAGUGAUGGCCUACAUUUUUCAAAAGAGGGAAACCAGUUUGUGGCACAGCAAGUGAUUCCAGUGCUGGAUACCAAGUUAGGACACUUGCCUAUGAUAUUUCCUGACUGGAAGGAUGUAGACCCAAAGCAUCCAGAUAAAUACUUUUGUAAUAAUUAGCACCUUGGGUUAAUUACCUUUAUUUACUGACCAAAACAAACAAUUAUUAAAAAUAUAAAAGCAUAGAUCGUAAGUAAAAAACCACACCAAAUGCGUGCGUAAUCCAGUGUAUCAAUUAUCAAAUAUUUAAGUUAACUGUUAUGGAGACAAAGUUUAAUAAUUGUAAUUGUGCAUUACAUCCAAAUAGACAUUGUGUGAAUCAAAUUUGUAUAUUUUUAUUAUAAUAAAUAUGACACACUUCUACAA